AUGAGCUCCCAUCAGUUUGUGAACAACAAGCCAAUCUUUGCCAAACUUCAUGUUCAAUGGAAUAAAUUGCUCCAGGUUGCUGAACUUCUGCAUUUUCAGAAACCAAUCGCAAUCGGCACAAAAACGAUUUACGAGUCAUUUGCAAUUUCUCGCAGAUCAGCGUUUAAGGGGUUUUCAGACAACGAAGCUGAUUUCUUCACUCCCACAGAGAGGAUAUUGGCGAUCGAAUACAUCCUCGAUCACUCUAAUUUUGAAGGCUUUGAAGACGAUAAAUCAGACGCAACAAAGGAGGCCGCUCUCUUGCCAAAGACUGUUAGCAUCGAUGAACUAAGGAAGAGGGGAGUUAUACUCGCACUAUUUCCUCUGCAUGAGCCCAGAACACAACCAACUCGUGGGUAUCUGUUGAAAGAGUGGGCUUCUCCUCAUCGGAUUUGCCAUCUUCAACCGCUAGAUAAAAUCCGAGAGUACUUUGGUGAAAAAGUGGCAUUCACUUUCGCUUGGAUCCAAUUCACAAUCUGGAGUUUUCUCAUUAUAUUCAUUGUGGCGCUUGUUGCUUCUGCGAUUCCACCUUUUCUACCACGUUGGCCACAUUCCAUUAUUGAAGAGGUUUGUUCCAACACAAGUGCAACAUUCAUCCUUUGCCCCACCUGUAAUGGAACAGGAUGUCGGUUCAAGAAAUUGAAGAGGUCUUGUGGUGAUUUAAAGUGGACUUACUUCUUCGAUAGUCCAGCGUCGAUCAGCUUAUCGGUAGCCCUGGAAGUGCUAACAGACUUAAUCUCCUCGCUAAUGGAGGACAAAUUUUCGCGCUCGAAAAAUGAUUUCACAAGUGUGAAUGCACGCUUCAUUGCAUUGGGCAUUUCUCAAGUGUUUAACGGCGCUUGUGUCUGCAUGUUAAGUGCCGUGAGUGAAGACAUUUCACUUAAUAUGUCCGUUUUUGUUUCAUUGCUCUAUCGAUUCUGGAUUACUUGGUCAACCACUGCUGAAUGCCAUCGAACAAAGGAGCAACAUGUGCGAAGCUUUCUAAUCAAGAGCUCCUUCAUGGAAUUCGUCAAUAUGUACCUCUCGAUUGUCACUGGAAUCCUCGUCCGAGGACUCAAUUUUGGCUACCCUGGUGGAGAUUUAACUCUAUUCCAGUCACCAGACUGGCCAGUUUGGUCUGGACUCUUCGGCAUUUUCUACGAAAUUUAUAUCAAAUGCACCACCAUUGUAUUCAUUAAGAGUGCCAGAGAAUGGAUUCCUUGGAAUGAGGUGAAGGAGAGGAUGCCUCCCAUUCUGGGUGGCAUGGCCACACCUCCACCGCCAAAGAAGGUGACUGCGGGCGUCAAUGCGAGCGAGUCUUACAAGUUCUGCCUUGAUAAUUACAAUCUACUGGAGUCGGGGGAGUCUCCGCUGUUCAAACGACAAUUUGACAUGUCUUCUUUUUUACUUUAUUUUUUUUCAUUGAAUAGGAAUGUGGAUGAUAGUACUCAAGGGAAUAACGGGCCUUUCAGUAUUGACAAACGUAAGUGGGCCUGUUUAAUAGCCUUUGGAAGUGAAUUUGUGAAUAAAGUGGUUUAUCAAAUGUAUUACUCACCUGAUGGUAGCAUGCAGGGCUAUGCAAACUUCACCCUCUCCUACAUGGAGGUGAACAGUUUCGAGGUUUCCGAAAGAGAUCAGAAAUUACUGAAGGGCGCUCAAUACUGCAGAUACUUUGGCUAUCGCGAAUCGCCCGAGAGUGCGAAUCCCUAUGCUCUGUCAUCUGUUUUUUGGCAUAUUCUCGCGGCUAAAUUCAUUUUCCUUUCUGUCUUUAUUGUAAGUCACCACAUUAUUUCUAAAUAUUAG